AUGUCUAUUACUCACAUCACCUCGUUGUCCCAACUCAAUGGCAUCCUCUCCAAAUCCAAGGACAAACUCUCCGUCAUUGACUUCCACGCUACCUGGUGUGGCCCAUGCCACGCAAUCGCCCCGCACUACGAAUCCCUCUCGAAGAAAUACACGAACGUCAAUUUCCUGAAAUGUGACGUUGAUGCUGCGAAGGAGGUCGCGAGCUCGUACAGCGUGUCGGCCAUGCCUACGUUCGUCUUCUUGAAGGGGAGCACGAAGGUGGAUCAAGUGCGCGGUGCGGAUAGAAACGGCAUCGAACGCGCCCUCGCGAAACAUUCCUCCGGAUCCACCUCCAGCGCAUUCGCAGGCCAAGGCCAAACCCUCGGCUCUUCCUCCUCUUCCUCCCCUUCCCCCGCCAAGGCAGACGGCCCUUCGCCUGCGAACGCGUUCACGAAUCUGGACCCGCAGGUGAAGGUGUUGUUGGGAUUGAUUGGAGCUUAUUUGUUGUUUUGGUAUAUGAGUUAG